AUGCUCGCCUACCCGGCCGCCCGGGAGGCGGGCAUCCAAAUCGUUCACCUAACAUGGGGCUUCACCGAGGAGGAGAUUCGAUCUGCCCCGCCGGCCCUGCUCCGAAAGUUUGGCACUCUGCUCGACAAGAUGAACGUCUCUCACCCAAAACAAGGCGUCAGCGGCUACGACGCUUCGUCCUUAUCCUCCGCAUACUCCCACUCCACAGUCUCCUCGUCUUCGUCAUCUCAGUCCUAUUCGGUCAAAUCGCCCACGACCCCGACGAUGCGCCGCCCCUUAUCCACCGCCAAGCCCAGCCUAGGGGACGAGAUCGGCCCCGUCACCCUCUGGAACAAGCAAAUCAUCCUCGGCGGCCGCCUCCUCGUCCGUAACACCUGGAACGCUGAACUCUACGAGUCUACCCGCCGCGCCUUCGCCGCCUCGCUCAACACGCCCCUUCCCGACGCCCGCUUCCACAAGACCCGGCCGUCGGGAUUCUUCUGGGGAGGCCUCGCCGCCGGCGGUGCCGCCUCGUCCUCGACGGACCCAGCCGCCGCGCCGGAUGUGGUCAAGUUCCUGCGCGCCAGGGGUAUCACGACCUUGUUCUUUGGAGGCGCCGGCACCGAGUCCGGCGUGUGGGCGUCGGCGCGUGACGCGGGGAACUGGGGCUUCGACGUCGUGCUUCUGGCUGAUGGUUGCGGGACUAAAGCUGGCGACGAGGCGACGCGACUGGUUCAGGAGAACUGUGAAGAGGAGCUUGGCUUCGUCACGAGCUGUGAGGAGUUGGCGAGGCAGGUUGCCGGGCUGGCGGCCACGGGCCAGGCUCGCUGA